CUAUACUUGAAAAGUUAAACCCUAGCAUUACAGUCGGUCCUGCUUAAGUAGAGAGCAGCUCUUUGCGGCGGAGAUCGUCCUGGACGGAGGCGCCGGAGUAGAGAGCUGAAGCGAAGCAAUUCCAAGGGCGGUGCAGCAAAAUGGCGGACAAGGCAGUGACCAUCAGGACGAGGAAGUUCAUGACUAAUCGACUUCUCUCAAGGAAACAAUUCGUGAUCGACGUUCUGCAUCCUGGAAGGGCUAAUGUUUCCAAGGCGGAGCUGAAAGAGAAACUGGCAAGGAUGUAUGAAGUAAAAGAUUCCAACGCCAUAUUCGUAUUCAAGUUCAGGACUCACUUUGGUGGAGGUAAAUCGACUGGAUUUGGUUUGAUCUAUGACUCUGUUGAGAAUGCAAAGAAAUUCGAGCCCAAGUACAGACUCGUCAGAAAUGGGUUGGAUACUAAAGUUGAGAAGUCAAGAAAGCAAAUGAAGGAACGGAAGAACCGAUCUAAGAAAAUCAGAGGAGUGAAGAAGACAAAGGCGGGAGAUGCUGCCAAGGCGGGAAAGAAGAAGUAAUAAAAUUGGUAGCAAAUGUAGGUCAAGCUGAACUUGGGAAAUGGAUUGCAUUGCCUUGUCUAUCGUUUUCCAUUUUCUUUCUUUCUUAUGGACCUUUUCCCUGAUAUUUCACAUUUUUGCUGGAUGUUGAGUGUAAUGAUAGGGGUAUUAGGGUAUAGCUUGAACUGUUCUUUUACAUAACCAUAUGUUUGCUCUUUGUUUGAUAUUUAACUCCUGCCAAAUGAACUAAAUUUUUAAUUUUUAUUAAAUCACGAGUCUUAA